CUGACCCGCGGCUUCUUCCACCUUCAGAGAAGCUGCGGUGGCGGGAAAGACCCCUCCCCUUUGGGGGACAGUGGGUGACGCUGAGAGUGUCAAUGCUCUGACGACUGGACACUAGCCCCCAGUUUCCGUCCGGAAGGAGAUCAAUGGAUAUUAUAAAGGGAAACUUAGAUGGAAUUUCAAAACCAGCCUCAAAUUCAAGAACACGUCAUGGGAGCAGAGGUUCAAAUGCUUCUUUGGAGGUGCUCUCACCGGAACCAGCAUCCUUCAAGGUUGAUACUGCAAUCAAUCUGAACUCUGGUAAAGAAGGCCACUCAGAAGGCAGUAGUAAUACAGAGGAAGGUAGAAACAGUAAUGAUGAUAAAGGGGAAAACUACUCUGAGAAAAUAAAACUGGCUGAAGAGGGAUCAGAUGAAAAUUCGAACUUGGUUCAGCAUCAGAUAAUCCCUGAAUGUUCAGAUGAAUCUGAAUUAAAAGAAUUAGAUUCUCAACUUCAAGAUGCUAUUCAGAAGAUGAAGAGGCUUGAUAAGAUAUUGGUGAAGAGACAACACAGAGAAAAAGAAAUCAAGAAGCAAGGUCUAGAAAUGAGAAUAAAGCUGUUUGAAAAACUUAAGUCUGCAAAAAAUGGUGAAGCUUUACAAAGUAAUGAGGAGAUGGAAAGUACAAAAAACUUUCUAGCUUUAACUGCUGCAUCAGAAGAAACUGUUGAUCCUUCUUGCUACGAACACGAAGAUACCUUUUUCUCUGUGUUUCACACUCAAGUCCCUCCAGAAGACUAUGAAAACUGUAUACAGAAUGUCAAUAAAGAUUUUACGUAUGGUGUGGAAAGAAAUGAGUCAUUGAUCAAAGCAGAAAAGAAACCUUUCUCAAAUACAGAAAAGAUUGAGCUCAGGGGUAAACACAGCCAGGAUUUUAUUAAGCGAAACAUUGAGUUGGCCAAGAAUUCAGGACAACCAGUAGUUAUGAUUGACAGAGAGAAGAAAAGGCUGGUUGAACUUUUGAAGGACUUGGAUAACAGUGGUUUGGGGCUGUCCAGUUCUGAGGGAGAUCAGUCUGGCUGGCUGGUCCCGGGAGAAGGAUACACACCUGCAGUCACCCAGCAUGAGCAGCUUGCUAAAAUUGAUACAAAACUCCAAGAACUUUCUGCCGUUUACCCAACAAUUUCCAGCUCUUCUCCAAGACCUGAACGUCAGAAUGAUGAGGAACCUGACCUUAAUGGUGAUGAUAGAAAUACAGAAAUAACUCCAGGAGAAAAGGUACUUCAGAAUACCAAAGAGCAACGGGAUCAGCAGAAUCGCUUGAGAGAGAUAGAUGAAAAGCUAAGAAAGAUGAAGGAAAAUGUGUUAGAUUCAACAUCACUUCUCUCUGAGGAACAGUUAAGGUGUCUUCUGGAUGAAUGCACACUUAAACAAAAAUCCAUGAUUAGACUGUCUUCAGAAAGAGAAAAGAAAGACAUUGAGGAUAUAACACCUGAGUUGCCCCAGCUUUCCAGAUCUAUUCUCUCUGAGUCACUAGAUGGGUCAAAAACAAAGGUCAAAAGCACUGAGGUGGAAGACGCAAGUAUGCCUGAGAACGCCGAAAGUGAAACAUCUAGAGGCUACUAUCUCACCAAAGCCUCGACUGGGCAUUUUAUGUCAUCAGAAGCUCUUGUCGUUGAAGCAAAGAAUAUGAAAUGCCUCCAGCUUUCUGAGGACAAGGUUAUUGGUGACACAAAAGACUAUUUUAUGUCAAAGACUCUUGGCAUUGGGAGACUGAAAAGGCCCUCUUUCUUGCAUGAUCCACUGCAUGGCAUCAAUGUGAGCCUUUCAUCCGAAGACCAACAUCUGAAACUCAGCCCUCCAGAGAAACCCAGACCAGCCACCCUGUGUCUUUUGCUGGGAGCAUUUAGUCCAGUGACAUUUAAGAUGAACAGGAGACUGAAGGUGUAACAGAAGAAUGUAAAGGAUCUUAAGCAAAGACUCGCUGGGGUGUGCUUUUAAGAAAGCUGGUAAAUUAAGUUAAAUCACAUUUUUUCCAAAUUCUUUGAAUUCAAUGAAUGCAUUAUAGAGACCAUUCCUCAAAUGAUGAUUUUAAUGUUUGGAUUCUCUCUUUCUGGAUCACAUUUCCUUGAUAUUUUUGAGACUCGUGGUAUAAUUGUUCAGUGGUUUUUCCUCAUUGAAAUUCCUGGGAAAAUUUUUUAUUGCUAAAUUUGCAACAUCAGGGAUACGUUAUAGAAACCAACAUUUAUGUAUGUGUGCUACGUUAAAACUAGUUGAAAUGCUAUGAUUGUUUUGUAUUUGAUUUGAUACGUUGCCACUUUAUUGUGAUUUAGACAGAUUUGAUCACCAUGGAUUGUAGUUUUGCCCCUGCUUUCCUCCUCUCUAAUGCCUGUUAAGUAAGUACAACUUGCCGUGGAGAGAAAUGAAUUUUCUCAACAAAGCAAUGUUAGGCUAUCCUUGCUAUCUUAUUAGUAAUGGUACUUUUCAUAAGCAGAAGUUUGACUGAAUUAUUACAUAUGUUAUAUUUAGUUAUUUUCUUUCAGAGUUUGCCUUUUACAAUGCAGCAAAUAAAGAUCAGCUACUUAAAAAAAAAUAACCUGUGGUACUAUUUGAAGAGAGAGGGUUUGUUAGUUACAAGUGAGUAGCCUGGAUUCAUGAGAACAUUUUAUGUGAACACUCCAUAUGAUGAAUUGGCAUUAGAACUAGAAGUCCAAUUUAUUUCUGAUUCUAAAAAAAAAAAAAAAAGCUAUUGUGCAGCAUUUAACAAAAUUUGUAAUAAUGUAUAUGUAGCAUUAUUAUUUUUCACUCGAAUGUUUUCAUCUACUGAUAUUGGAUAAUAUUAGUGAUUGCUUACGUCAAAUUUGCUUGACUUUUUAAAGUGAAGACUUCUAUAGCUACUGUUUUCAGAAGAAUUGAUAGGCAAUUUCUUUUUCUAGCCUUUUUCAGUUUAUAUUAAAACAGCAGUGGUUCUUGUUGAUGUUAAUGCGCUACAGUGUAAUUUGUCUUGAUGCUAAGAGUUUUGCUGUGGGUUGCCAGCAGAGCUUAAAAAUAAUGAUUUUGGACUCUGAUAGGCGUGACGUGUGUGGCGUAGGGUUUGGGUCAGAACAAUCGGAGGAGAGAGGUGGUAUGGAUGGGGAUUUGCAGUGGUGAUAGAGAGGAGCCAUUUUUGCCCAUAAGCCUUUCAGAGGAGUGGGGCUUUCUAAACCCAUGUGCUUCUGGUGUUUGACAUGUAUGUGUAUGUGUGUGAGAGAGAGAAAGAGAGAGGGAGAGGGAGGGAGAGAGGGAGAGCAGGAAAGAGGGAGAGAAGGGGAGAGGGAGAUAGGUGUUGGAGAGAGAGCUUAUGCCUUUGUAAACUGUUCCUGCAAAUGGUAUUUGCGGCAGAGUGAAUCUUUAUGUUACAAGAGUUUAAGAGAAGGAAAGGAAAACAGAAUGAUUUUAAGUAGUGAAUUUUCCCAUUGAAAGAGGUGACACCAUUCCAUAGCGUGUCAACUGAAGGUACCUCUGAUAAGAACUGGCAAGCUGAAUUUGUAUAAUAUAUUCAACAUGAAGGCUCCAGAUUAAAAAAAAAAGAAAGGCCCUGAUAGGGAAAGAAAAUGUUAUUAAAAAAUAAGUUUUUAUUUUUAAGGUUCCUUUUAGACCUGAGUGUUUGCCCCAGAACAAGAUAGAGAAGAAAAGAUAUAAAAGAGCAAGAGCUAAUUCAUUUCAGGAAUGAAUUUAGGAUCUUAAAAUUUGAGGUUUUUCUACUUAUGACUCCUCAAGAAAAUUACUGGCAUCACCUUUAUUGUAAAUUCCCAGAGGACCUAAAAUUGCCGUCCUAUCCAACUCUUUGAAAUGCAUGACAAUAAAAUAGAAGGAAAAAGCUAUACCCCGAUGGCAUAAUUUUAAUUUUUAACACAUCCUGUAUUUUAGUACAACCUGAUAUGCAGGUCAGUCUUGGAGUGAAUAUGCAGCAUGCCUGGGAAAAACCUCCUGUUCCCAGACACUUUUUUCUGUCCCAUCUUGAUAUUUUGAGUUACUUUUGUUCUGUUACUUAAAAGUGAAUUAGAAUUCUCUCCCAAGACUUCACACGUUGAGCUGCUCAGAGAGUGAAUGUCAUGUUUCAAAGAAUUAUUUCUUUCAAAUCAGUUUUCCAAAUUUUAUAACCAUUACCAAUACCUUCUAGUUCCUGACUCUUCACCUGGAUACCAUAAAAUGAUUUGGCAAUUUAUACUUAUAUAGGACUAUGCUACCCUAGAUAGAUGUUUCUAGAAUGAGAGCGAAAGAUCAACAAGGAGAAAGAGUCUAUCUCACUCAGCUAGUCCUUUUUGUUUUAAUGGAUCUCAAAGUGAGACCUUUAACCUACUCAUAAUUUUUUUUAUUCUACCUGUUCUUAUUAAAACUAAAAAUUGGCCAGUAUUCUACAUUCAUGGUUAUCCCACCUGAAACUCAAGUUCUGCUUAUUGUAAGGCAUUGGCCUUCUCUUCACAAAAUAAUUUGAUUUUUUAUACGUAUAUAUGUUUUUAGGAUUUCAUCCAAAUUCGACCUGUCUCUGUAGUCAUCCGUUUUUGACCAAAGGUAUAGUCGUUCUCCAAAAAGUGUUACCUGUAGAGUUUGACCCAACUUUUCGAGGACAGUUCUUCCUCCAUUAACGUUUCUAAAGCUUCUCCACAACGUGCAGUGGUGUUGCCCACCCAGUGCCCUCAUUCAUGGCUCAGAAGAUGUAGCUGUGAAUUCUGUGUGCUUCACUCCUGUUUUCCUUUUUCAUUGUUUUUAGAAACAGCACUGGACUUUGAAAAGGAUUCAAUAAAUGACAUUUAGUGACACUGGUAAAAUAUGAACUUGUAUCCUUUUGGGUCCCACAUCUCGGGGGGACAUUUCUCAUUGCUGUGUUUUUAAUAUGACAGGUUAAUUUUUGUCUUGUUCUUCUGUUCCACAAAUCCAGCAAAUAUGUCAUCUAAGCAACUCAGUCUUCCUAAAUCGUAUAGGAAAUACGAAUGUUCCUGUUACUGUGUUUUCUUUGUGUAUAUACUCUAUUGGUUUGAGGAUGGAAUUUACCCAUACCUCAUAACAUAAAGCCAGAAAACAAAUAAACACGGAUACAGUAAGUAUAAAUAUAAAUUUCCAUAUGAUUUAUUGUUGUUCCUUGUACAUAAGAAACAGUAAUAUACAACUUACACUGCUUUAGAAUGUAAAAUGGAUAAAAAUGUGUACAAAAAAAGCACAUUCCUAGAAAAGUAUUGGCAAAUAGUAAAAACAGGGAGGAGGGUAACAAGCAAAAAACAAAUCAACAAAACAAAAAGAAAAACGAACAAUUCUUCAAUUCAGUGUGCAAACAUUUUAUAAAAAUAGAAAUACUAACUCUACAGGCAGUAUUUCCUGAUAAAUUAUUUAAAUAGCAUAUCUACACAAUCUGAGAUAUCUAUUCCAAUGGCAAUGAGAAAAUAAUUUAUAAAAAUAAAGCAAUGGUAUACAAGAUGAUAGAAAAACACAACUUUCAGAAAAUGUAUUUAACAUUUCAAUGCUAUUUCCUUAUUGGGAAUACUUUUCUGUGAAGAAUUUUUAUACUAUGUACAACAUUGACUUUUUUUUUUUUUAGGUACUACAGUAGCUUUAAGUUUGUUAGACAUUUAAACUCUUUUCUGCUUGAUCCAAAAAUUCUUUACUCAGUCACACAACAAAUGAGGUAAUAUUUGUAUACAAGUUUCACCUUUGUCAUUUUUUUCGUUUGGAAAAAGGCAAAAAUAAUAAAUGUAGAUGCUUUUCAUCUCCCUGGAAAUAGGCACAAGGGAUGGAGCAAAACAGUAUUAAAGCCCUCCUGGCUUUCUUUGCAAACUAAAAACACUUGCAAAUGGACAACCAAAUAAUUCCACUUGAAAAAAAUAAAGGAAAAAAGAAGAAUCCCAAAUCAUUCAGUCUAAGCACAAAAUGAAGAGCAGCUUGCUGUGCUGAUUUCCUUGUGCCAUUCCUAUGAAAGUUUUGCUGAUCAAUCUCAACUACCAGCUCUCAAACACUUUCCGUAUGAAACCUAGAUUCCAGGUAGAACAGAGUUAAUAAAUAAUCUGUAUUUACAAUCUUACAGUCAUGAAGACUUGUAGCAAAGAUGAUAUGCUUACGCUUCUUCCUGUUGCAUGAAUAGUCUUUCAGACAGAUCCUCCAGAAUAAGUAAAAAAUAAAUAUUUUACAUUGUAAAAUGUUUGUAAAAAAAAAAAAAAAAAAACAAACACCAAACUACAGUCCAAAA